CUGUUUUGUGGAUUUUUCCCAGCCAGGUCUUUAGACAAACUGUACAACUUUGCCGACUGUGCUGGUCUGCACCUGAUUCUGGGGCUCAACGCGCUGCACAGAAACCCAGACAACUCCUGGAACACCUCAUCCACACUGAGCCUUCUGAAGUACAGCGCUGGCAAGAAGUACAACAUCUCCUGGGAGCUGGGCAACGGUCAGUACCGCAGCAUACGCAUGCUGCCGUCUACUCUGCUCUUCAAGAUCUACAAGGCCACCCUGUGUGCUUGGACCAUUCCGCUGACACCGAAGCCUAAUGCCUACCGCAGUAUGGUGGGCCGUGCCGUCAACAGCACUCAACUGGCUCAGGACUACACCAGAUUGCGGACCCUUCUGCAUUCAGUGCGCUACUACCACCGAGCUCACCUCUUUGGCCCCAACGCAGGACGACCCCGGAAGAAUGCCAUGCUGCUGCUGGAUGGGUUCAUGAAGAACGCUGGCUCCGUUGUAGAUGCUGUUACGUGGCAACAUUAUUACAUGGACGGCCGAGUGAACAAAGCAGAGGACUUCCUAAAAACGCGUCUUUUGGAUACCCUGACAGAGCAAAUUACCAAAGUCACCAAGGUUGUUAACACACAUACUCCUGGUAAGAAGGUGUGGCUGGGUGGACUAGCGCCAGCAUGGACCGGGGGCAUCAGUAAUCUCUCUGACACAUAUGCUGCCGGCUUUCUAUGGAUGAACACGCUGGGUGUGGCUGCCGUCCAGGGCAUGGAUGUUAUUUUACGUCACUCAUUCUUUGACUACGGAUAUACACACCUUGUGGACCAGCAUUUUAACCCUUUACCUGAUUACUGGUUCUCUCUGAUCUUCAAGCGUCUGGUCGGUCCGAGGGUUUUAGCUGUGCGGGUGGCUGGACUGCAGAGGAAGCCGCAACCAGGGAGAGUCAUACGAGACAAGCUACGCAUCUACGCCCACUGCACCAGCUACAACAAUCACAACUAUGUGAGAGGAUCCAUAACAAUCUACAUCAUCAACCUGCAUCGCUCGAGAAAGAAAAUCAAGUUGGCCGGGACGUUACGGAACAAAACUGUCCAUCAGUUCCUGCUGCAACCUUAUGGCCCAGAUGGACUCAGAGCCAAACACGUCCAGCUAAACGGAGAGAAGCUCAUCAUGCGGGACAAUGAGACGUUCCCUGAGUUGAAGCCCAAGACUUUGAGGGCUGGACGGACAAUAGCUAUGCCUCCAAUGACCAUAGGUUUUUAUGUCAUUAAAAACAUUAACGCAUAUGCCUGUCGAAGAUAA